AGGCGAGUGGAACUGGAUCGGGUUUGCUGCCAGCGGCGUGAGCUUCGGCCGCCAUUUUACAACAGCUCCACUCGCGCCGGACACAGGGAGCAGCGAGCACGCGUUCCCCGCCACCCGACCCGGUCGGACAGGAUUCCUUGGCCGCAGCCCGCGGGGAGAUCUCUGGAAACAUGGCUACAGAACAUGUUAAUGGAAAUGGUACUGAAGAGCCCAUGGAUACUACUUCUGCAGUUAUCCAUUCAGAAAAUUUUCAGACAUUGCUUGAUGCUGGUUUACCACAGAAAGUUGCUGAAAAACUAGAUGAAAUUUACGUUGCAGGGCUAGUUGCACAUAGUGAUUUAGAUGAAAGAGCUAUCGAAGCUUUAAAAGAGUUCAAUGAAGACGGCGCAUUGGCAGUACUUCAACAGUUUAAAGACAGUGAUCUCUCUCAUGUUCAGAACAAAAGUGCCUUUUUAUGUGGAGUCAUGAAGACUUACAGGCAGAGAGAGAAACAAGGGACCAAAGUAGCGGAUUCUAGUAAAGGACCAGAUGAGGCAAAGAUUAAGGCACUCUUGGAAAGAACAGGCUACACACUUGAUGUGACAACUGCACAGAGGAAGUAUGGGGGACCACCUCCAGAUUCUGUUUAUUCAGGUCAGCAGCCUUCUGUUGGCACUGAGAUAUUUGUGGGGAAGAUCCCCAGAGAUCUAUUUGAGGAUGAGCUUGUUCCAUUAUUUGAGAAAGCUGGACCUAUAUGGUAUCUUCGUUUAAUGAUGGACCCACUCACUGGUCUCAACAGAGGUUAUGCGUUUGUCACUUUUUGUACAAAAGAAGCAGCACAAGAGGCUGUUAAACUGUAUAAUAAUCAUGAAAUUCGUUCCGGAAAGCACAUUGGUGUCUGCAUCUCAGUUGCCAACAAUAGGCUUUUUGUGGGCUCUAUUCCUAAGAGUAAAACCAAGGAACAGAUUCUUGAAGAGUUUAGUAAAGUGACAGAGGAUCUCACAGAUGUCAUUUUAUAUCACCAACCGGAUGACAAGAAAAAAAACAGAGGCUUUUGCUUUCUUGAAUAUGAAGAUCACAAAACAGCUGCCCAGGCAAGGCGUAGGUUAAUGAGUGGUAAAGUCAAAGUCUGGGGAAAUGUUAGAACUGUUGAAUGGGCUGAUCCCAUAGAAGAUCCUGAUCCUGAAGUUAUGGCAAAGGUAAAAGUGCUGUUUGUACGCAACCUUGCCAAUACUGUAACGGAAGAAAUUUUAGAAAAGUCAUUUAGUCAGUUUGGGAAACUGGAACGAGUGAAGAAGCUAAAAGAUUAUGCUUUCAUUCAUUUUGAUGAACGAGAUGGUGCUGUCAAGGCUAUGGAAGAAAUGAAUGGUAAAGACUUGGAGGGAGAAAAUAUUGAAAUUGUUUUUGCUAAGCCACCAGAUCAGAAAAGGAAAGAAAGAAAAGCUCAGAGGCAAGCAGCAAAGAAUCAAAUGUAUGAUGAUUACCACUAUUAUGGUCCACCUCAUAUGCCCCCCCCAACAAGAGGUCGAGGGCGUGGAGGUAGAGGUGGCUAUGGAUAUCCUCCAGAUUAUUAUGGAUAUGAAGAUUAUUAUGAUUAUUAUGGCUAUGAUUACCAUAACUAUCGUGGUGGAUAUGAAGAUCCAUACUAUGGUUAUGAAGAUUUUCAAGUUGGAGCUAGAGGAAGGGGUGGUAGAGGAGCAAGGGGUGCUGCUCCAUCCAGAGGUCAUGGGGCUGCUCCUCCCCGUGGUAGAGCCGGUUAUUCACAGAGAGGAGGCCCUGGAUCAGCAAGAGGCAUUUGUGGUGCGAGAGGAGGUGCCCAACAACAAAGAGGCCGCGGGCAGGGAAAAGGGGUCGAGGCCGGUCCUGACCUGUUACAAUGAAGACUGACUUGCUAUGUGGGAUUACACCAGAAGCUUGCAGUGGAGUAAUGGUAAGGAAAAUCAAGCAACCUUAAAUAUCUCGGCUGUAUAGGAGCAUAUUCUAUUGCAGAAGACCUUCCUAUGAAGAUCAUGGAAUCAAAUACGGGACAUUGAACUAAUACUUGGACUUUGAUAUGAAUUUCUUUAACAAUUUUCUCUGCAGUGCAAGUUAUUAAACUAAAGCUACUCUAUUUUCCAAAUGUGUUCCAACAAAAAUCCUUCAUAACUUCUAGCAUGGUAUCUUAAUAAAGAAUAAAGUUCUUCUCUUUAAAAAAUC